AUGAGGAUUUAUUUUGUAUUUUGGUGUUCAUUGUCACUGGUGUGCACUUCAUUGGCAUUGAAGUUAGACGUAGUGCGACAUGACCAAACAAUUCCCUCCCUCCGCUCUGAGCUUUUUACCACUGACCAUGCAGCCUAUUUGAUUCCAGUUGGGAUGGGUAGCCCUCCAAACAGUCUCUACUUGGUCCUUGACUUGAGCAUCAGCGCUUUGUGGGUUCAGUGUACUCAGCAACAAGUACAACCUUCGCCAUCUUUUGCUGAAAUACUGCCCUGCGGGCUUGUGAACUGUGAGCGCUUUCCCAACACCGACUGUCAUAAGGGCGAGUGUCGUUACAAGCUGAAGUCGUCUGAUAAGGCCUACACCCAAGGAAAGGUAGGAUUGGACACAAUAACAAUCGGGGACGUCGUCAUUCAGAACGUGGCCGUAGCAUGCGGACUCAAGAAAAACAGCUUUUUCACCGCAGUCCCCGGAAUUAUGGGCCUCGGACGGGGUAUGUCAUUCUUGGAUCAGAUUUAUGGGCUGUCUGGCGGCGUUUUUAGCUAUUGCUUACCGAGUUUGGGGCCCAAGUCCGGGUGGGAAGAAUUAUCUGGCAAUCGCCCUACCUGGGUGCGCUCGUUGUACAAGCAAUGGAACCCAACUGUGUACUACGUGGAGCAGUCGGGCCUUGGAGUAGGAAGCAAGUGGGUGUCCCGGACCCUCCCUGAAGGCAUUUUCAGGUUGACCCCAAAAGGUGAUGGUGGGGCUAUUAUUGACAUCAUUGCCUUUGUAACCACCCUGCCCAAAGUGGCUUAUGAGGUGUUUCGCGAUACCUAUGUUGCAGAAGCAAGCAACCUCCCCCGCACCUUCGAAGACUCUGUUUUUGAUACAUGCUUUAGAGCUUGUUUGUGUUUGUGA